UGAGCUAUAUUAUUAUUGAUCCAUCUUUAAUUUCUAUUGCCGAGUUGUUGUUUCUCUAUGUCAUUAUUCUUUUCACAACUUCUUUUUGAGACAGCGGAAAGCAGCAAGCUCGCUCCUAACUUUCUAUAAAACGCACAUUCACAAUCACUUCCUUCCUUCUCAUUGUAUCAACAAAAGCAUAUACUGUUUCCUCCUUCAAAUAACUUCUUUCUUUCCUUCGGACUCAUCAUGGAGUUUGCCACCAGCAUUGCAGAGAACGUCUUGGGUAGGCUAGCUUCCUAUGCUUCCCAAGAGGUCUCCUUGGCAUGGGGUGCCCAACUUGAGCUCACCAAGCUCAACAAGACCUUCUCUACCAUCAAACUAGUGCUUCAGGAUGCAGAGAAGAAGCAAGUGAAGAAUCCCCUAAUCACUCGUUGGUUGGGAGAUCUCAAAGAUGUUUGCCAUGACGUUGACGAUGUCCUUGACGAACUAGAGUUCCAGAAGCUGCGGAAGAAAGUUCUGGUCAACAACAGUGGGAGAGUCAAAGGACAGGUACGCCAAUUUUUUUCGCGUUGGAAUCCAGUUGUGUGUAACUUCAAGCUGGGACAUAAAGUGAAAGAAAUUAGAGAACGACUAGUUGAAAUUGAAAAAGAUAAGAGAGAGUUUUCUCUUGUUGAAGUUGCUAAGCUAGCCCAAGAUCAUCGUGCACCCCAACAAGUGCACGAUGAUAGGAGGAUGACUACCUCUAAAAUUAAGGAUUCAAAUGUUAUUGGAAGAGAUGAUGAUAAAAAACUGAUUAUCAAGCAUAUCUUGAAUGACAUUGAUUUCUCCAGUGAGGAGAGUGUUUCUGUUGUUUCCAUAAUUGGGCUAGGAGGGUUGGGGAAAACAACACUUGCUAAAUUGGUGUAUAAUGAUAGCAUGGUAGAAAAAAAUUUUGAGACAAAGAUGUGGGUAUGUGUCUCAGACAACUUUGAUAUUCAAACAUUAAUUCGAGGUAUUAUUAAUGCUGCAAAUGGACCAAAAUGUGAGAAUGAAAGUUUGGAUCUUAUGGAAAGAAAGUUGCAAGAUACUCUUAGGGGUAAAAAAAUUUUAUUGGUGUUGGAUGAUAUCUGGGAUACAGAGUCAAUUGGAAUAACAACUGAAAAAUGGAUUGAUUUAAAAACUUUGUUAAAUGUGGGAGCUAAUGGAAGCAAAAUCAUCAUAACAACACGAAAUAAAGCAGUUGCUUUACUUGUGAGUCCCUUAUACAUGCAUCCUCUAGAAGGUCUUUCCCACAAAGAUUGCAUGUCCUUGUUCAUCCAAAGGGCAUUUAAAAGAGGAGAGGAGCAGCGCUAUCAACAUUUGAUAGAAAUUGGAGAGGAUAUUGUGAAGAAGUGUGGAGGAGUUCCUUUAGCGGUAGCUACUGUAGGGAGCAUGCUCUAUUUGAAUACAGAGCAACACCAUUGGUUGCGUGUCAGAGAUGAUGACAUGUGGAGUAUAGGGAAUGGCAGUAUUCUACCUGCACUCAGAUUGAGCUAUGAUGCAUUGCCACAACACUUGAAACCGUGUUUUGCAUUUUGUUCACUUUUCCCAAAGGAUUAUGAAUUCAACAGUGGCUUCUUGGUUCCACUAUGGAUAGCACAAGGAUACCUCAAAACAUGCAAGAAAAAUGAAGUUUUGGAACAGAUGGGUGUAGAUUAUAUAAGGGAGUUUUGCUCUAGAUCUUUGUUUCAAGUCGAGGUGGAUCUCAAAACAGCCAUGAGUUUUAAAAUACAUGAUCUCGUUCAUGAUUUAGCAAUUUCAGUGGCACAAAUAGAGUACUCCACAGUCAAUUUCCGCCCCUCUAGUGCUUUGGAAAUGGUUCGACAUGUGUCAAUAUCCAAUAAAGACUUGCUUGGAGAAGAGGCACAAGUUCCCGAUUUCAUGCUCAAGUCAAACAAAUUACGAACCUUUCUAAUUCCUGAAGAUGGCCAGAUGAAUCAACGUUUUGUGAAGACAUGCGUCUCGAGAUUUAAAUAUAUGCGGGUGCUAGAUCUCAGUGGGUCGCCUCUUGAGGAGCUACCAAGUUCCAUCGGUAGUUUGUUUCAUUUGAGAUUUCUCAACUUGUUUUCUAAUAGGAAGAUAAAAAGGCUUCCCAAUUCUAUCAGUAAGCUGCUGAAUUUGCAGAGCUUGUCCCUUGGGGGUUGUGACGCACUUGAGGAGAUACCCAAAGACAUAUGGAACCUGAUCAACCUACGGAGCUUGACGAUAACAACACAGCAGACAUAUUUGCCAAAAGGAAUUAGACGCCUCACCUUACUUCAAAUUUUAUUUUUUUAUCAUUGUGUCAAUCUUAAAUCUUUGGGCGAAGAGAUCCAAUUCCUCAACAACCUUCGCAAUUUGCCGAUUAUCGGUUGUAAUAAUUUGGAAUGCUUGCCACCAAAUAUGAAACACAUGACCGCUUUAGAUACUUUCGGUGUCUAUGCUUGCGAGAAGCUUCAGGAGAUGAUGAGAUCAGGAGAAGGUCCUCAAGGUCUUCGAUCAUUCACGAUCGAGGAAUCAAGUUUGGAGGCUUUGCCCCCUUGGCUUGAAGAUUCUGCAGACACUCUACAGAGCAUAGCAAUUGGUAACUGUCAUAAUCUCACGGCACUUCCGGAGUUGAUAAACUUCACAUUCCUCGAGCAACUAUACAUUGUCGGAUGCUCCAAAUUGUCGGGUUUGCCGCAAGGGUUGCAUUGCCUUACUGAGUUGAGAGGAUUGAAGAUUGAAGGGUGUCCUGAAUUGAGCAAAAGCUGCAAAAGGCAAUUAAAAGGUGAGGAGUGGUCAAACAUGGCACGUCAGGCGAAGAUUACACUCGACUCUGAUGAUGAAGAAGACGAAGAUGAAGGUACACCAAUGAUGGACUGAAGAUGAAGAAGAUGAAGGCACACCAAUGAUGAAGAAGAUGAAGCUGAAGCUCAAGAAGGAGUCCGCCUCCAAUCGGUCGCCGUUAGGGUGAAAGCUGGAGCAGGGGAGCAAGAAUGAGCACUUAGAGGCGCAGAGUAUCCCUGUUGGGUUUGGAAUCAGGUCAGAGGGAGAAGAGCGUUGCUAGCUAUAAGGUGUACACUGUGGAGGGGAAGCUGAAAGGGACUCUCAGGAAGAGCUGCAGGUGGCUCAAGGAGACCUGUUAUAGAGUGGUCUAUAGCCGCUUGCAUUGGGUGAGUUUUUUUGGGGUACAGCAGCCGACUGCAUUGUAACUACUGGGUUUUCGAAAGCAUUGGAAUUGAAUUAGGAUUUACAUGAUUCCAGGAAAGAGAUUCAUAUACUGAUUUCAGACAUCUUUCCAAUGCCUAUUGAACAUGCGAGGAAAACUAGCUGCUUGGGAAUAUCCAUUUGUUCCAAUCAGGGUGCUUCAAAAUGAAGAAGUCCUGCACUGCUGUAUUGUUCGAGCUUGGAUUGGUCAAAGAUGGCACGUCAGGCAAAGAUUACACUCGACUCUUAUGUGGACACUGAUGAUUAAGAAGACGAAGAUGAAGGUACACCAAUGAUCGACUGAGAGAUGAAGAAGAUGAAGGCACACCAAUGAUGAAGAAGUUGAAGCUGAAGGUCAAGGAGGAGCUUUCAAUGACAAUACCAAAUCAACUGAUACUUAGGCUUUCCAGUAAAAGCAUGAGUACCGCCAUUGGAGGUGCUUCAAAGUGAAAAAGCCCUGCACUGCUGUAUUGUUUACUUGUUUUAUGCUUGGAUCAUGUUCGAGCUUGGAAUUAAAGAGAUGUUGAUGAACACAAAAGUGAUGUGUGAUAAAGCAAUGAGAUUGUUCGAGUAGCUUCAUUUGUGAUAGUUGGUGUGAUUUUACCGUAUUAUAAGGUAUAAGCCGGAAUGUUUUCAAAAACUUGAGAAAUGUAUAGUCGAAUUUGAAGCUGAUCAAACUUUCAAUUAUUAUAAUCAUGUGGAAGGCAGCCAAGCUUUGAAACGAAAGACAUCCACUUUUGAGAUGGUUAUUCCUGAAUUUCCUGGCAUAGGCCAUGUUUGUGAGGAUGCCCCUGUUGGCAGAGCCGAUUGAGGACUCUGAUACAGAGGUAUUAUGUCAAUUUACCGGUCGUAGUGUUUAAAUGGUGAUCAACAGUAUUGAGGUGA